AUGAUCUCCCAGGGGCCCCGACGCCCCGCGGCCUUCCUGGCCGCCCUGCCGCUGCGCUACCUGCCCGGAGGCCCCGCUACCUGGAUCGGGGUGGCACUGCCGCAACUCCGCCUCCUCCCUUCUCCGACCGCCGCCCACCCCUGCUUCGACGCGCCGCCAGCCCCUCCCCCUUCCGGGAGCGCCGCCGGCCACUCCCUCUCCGCGCGCACGGCCGGGCCCACCUCCUCCUGGCACGUCGCCGCCCCGCUGCCUCUCGACGUGCCGCCACCUCUCGUCCUUCCGGUGCGAGGCUGUCGUCCCCACCUCCUCCUGGCGCUCCGUCACCCUGCCUCCUUCCGGCGCGAGGCUGGCCAUCUCCUUCAGGGCGAGGUGGGUUUGGACUUCAGCCCCUUCCGCUCCUCCCGGGCACCGCCGCGCGUUCCCACCCAGAACCCCGCUUGCUCCAGUGCGCCGCCGCUGGUCCCUGCCCUGCACCCCGCCUCCUCCCAUGCGCAGCCGCGCGUCCCCGCCCUGAACCCUGCCUCCUCCCACCGGCUCGACCCCUGCAGCAACUGCUGCCAGAUCACGCGUGAGGCCCGGCCGCGGCGUCGUCCUGCUCCGCCGCUGCCGUCGUGGAAGACGACCACCAACUGCCACCCACAGAUCCUGGACGGAAUCCCCUUGCCGGUUCUUCCGACGCCCAAACGGUGGAUGCAACACACCGCGUCACUGUAA